AUGCCAAAGCAAAUACAAAGGCUAAGCCAUCUUCAGACUUUGACAAAUUUUGUUGUGGGAGAGCAUAGUGGGUAUGAUAUUAAGGAAUUGGAAAAACUCAACCAUCUUCGAGAAACACUUUGUAUUUCACAGUUGGAAAAUGUCACUGAUCGUGCAGAUGCUGUGGAAGCAAAUUUGAGAGAUAAGACACAUCUGGAAGCAUUGCAUAUGAGAUAUGGUUACAAAGGAACAACUGAUGGCUCAAUAGUUGAGAAGGAUGUCUUGGAGGUUCUCGAACCAAAUAGCAACCUGAAUAGUCUCAUCAUCGAGGACUACAGAGGCACAGGCUUUCCACAUUGGCUUGGGGACUGUUAUUUACUCAACUUGGUAUCCCUUGAACUGAAUAGAUGUGGAUUUUGUUCCCGGUUGCCACCACUUGGGAAGCUUCCCUCUCUUAAAGAGCUUUCUAUUUCAGAAUGUUAUGGAAUAGAGAUCAUCGGUGAAGAGUUUUAUGGCUAUAAUUCAUCAACUGUUCCAUUUGCUUCUCUUGAAAGUUUGAAAUUUGAUAACAUGUACGGUUGGAAUGAAUGUUCCUCCCUUGAAAAGUUGUAUGUUGGUGAUUACGAUGGUGAAAAUCUUGAAUGGCCCUCUUUUGAUUUGCGAAGCUGUAAUUCACUUUGCACUCUGUCUAUAUCUGGUUGGUGUUCCUCAUCCUUGCCUUUUGCACUGAACUUGUUCACCAAUCUUCAUUCUCUAGAUUUGUACGAUUGUCGACAGCUCAAAUUGUUUCCACAAAGAGGUUUACCUUCCAGCUUGAGCACCCUCCGAAUAAACAAAUUCCCUGAACUUAUUGCAUUGAGAGAGGAGUGGGGUUUGUUCGAACUCAAUUCUCUGAAAGAAUUCAAAGUUAGUGACGACUUUGAGAAUGUGGAGUCUUUCCCGGAGGAGAAUCUACUGCCACCAACUCUUAAGUCUCUUCGUUUGGAAAAUUGUUCAAAGCUAAGAAUAAUAAACUACAAGGGUCUUCUUAAUCUCAAAUCUCUCAGACUCUUACAUUGA